AUGGAAUACCAGGCCUGGGCUUCCGGGGACGCGCCCUCCCAUACACACGGCGAUAUUUCCCAUUUCAAUACAUAUGGGGGAUACCAGUACAACAAUACAGGCAACGGCAAUCAAUUUCCCGGGGCAAGUUUCAACGGCCCCGUGUAUUUCGGCGACAAUGCAAAUACCCGACAAGACCAGACCAGAAGGAGUAGAGAAAACGCAUUGCUAAAGCGUCUCCACGUUUCACCUUAUCAAGAUCGAAAAGAACGAAAUCCGGAUCGAGUUCCCGAAACUUGUGACUGGUUCGUGUCUCAUCGUCUCUUUCGAGAAUGGAAAGAGAGCCAAACGUCAAGAAUCCUGUGGGUUUCUGCAGACCCAGGUUGUGGAAAGUCGGUUCUGGCAAAAUACCUUGUCGACCAAGUUCUUCCGACUACGCAGUCAAGGACAGUAUGUUACUUUUUCUUCAAGGACGACUUUGAGGAUCAGAAGAGUGUGGUCAGCGCCCUCAGCUGCAUCCUACGCCAACUCUUUCUUCAGAAACGCAAUCUACUUUCCGAUAGUGUCUUGGAUCAAUUCGACACGAAUGGCGAAUUGUUCACUAGUUCAUUUAGUGAGCUCUGGAAGAUCCUUCUCAAGGUCGCAGAAGACGAACGAGCAGGCGAGAUCGUCUGUCUUCUAGAUGCCAUUGACGAAUGCGAGGACCUGGGGAGGUCUCAGCUCACUCAGGCUUUAGUCAAGCUCUAUGGUACCAGAAGGAACUUUAACUUGAAGUUUCUCAUCACCAGUCGUCCUUAUGGCUCGAUCCGUCGUGGUUUUCAACCGCUGGAGCUCCCAGAGCUACCCAUGAUCCACCUGAGUGGUGAAAGCGAGGCCGAGAUGUUAAAGAUCUCCCAUGAGAUUGACAUCUUCAUCGAAGCCAGGAUACGAGAUGUCGGAGCACGACUCAGACUGACUGAGAGAGAACAACAUCAAUUAUUGGGCGGCCUUAAGCGAGUUCCCAACAGGACGUAUCUAUGGGUACAUCUGACGCUGGACCUGAUCGAGAACGAGGUCGACCUCAACAAGACUGGACUAGAUCAAAUCACAUCUCAGAUUCCCGAAUCAGUCGAAGCCGCUUACAACAGGAUUCUAGCAAAGAGCCGAGACCCCGAAACGGCAAAGAAGCUGCUUCACAUUGUUGUGGCAGCAGCACGACCUCUCACCCUUGAGGAGAUGACGCUGGCCUUGACUAUCCAACCGAAGCACAAGUCUUACAGCGAUAUCGAGCUUGAGCCUGAAAAGCGCUUCCGCGAGAAGAUCCGAGACAUCUGCGGGCUUUUCGUAACCGUCAUCGACUCGAGGAUCUACUUGCUUCAUCAAACCGCCAAAGAGUUCCUGGUCCGCAAUCAGGCUGUGGGUGGCAAUUAUGCUGACCUCCCAUGGAAACACUCCCUUCUCCCCGAAGAAUCACACCGCCUCCUCGCCGAGAUUUGUACUCGGCACCUCCUUUUCGCAGACUUUGAGUCGCCUCCCGUCGACAAGGAAGGGAACUCCCCCUCCUUUCUCUUCCUUGAUUACUCUGCGAAGCAUUGGGCUUCCCAUGUUCGCGAGCUGUCAAUCGAGAUGCAAGAACGCAUGACGCCCCGGAUAUUGAAGCUUUGUACUGUAAAGACGGGCCGUGGCUCUUUCUGGUUUGGAACGUACUGGAGUAGUACGCAUUCUGGCGCUCCUCGUGGGUUUACUAGUCUCAUGCUCGCCUCCUACUUUGGCCUAGAGAGGGCUGUCAAGUGCUUACUCGAGACGGGAGACGAGGACCUAAACACCCGAGAUUAUACACAUCAACGGACAGCCAUUUCCUGGGCCGCAGGGAACGGCUUUGGCGGCGUCGUCAAGCUACUUCUCAAGGACCCCUGGCUUGACUUUAAGCACUACAAGCGUCUGUUCAAGACGAGGACAAAGAUCGACCUUCAGGACGUAUUCGGGAGGACACCAUUGACGUACGCUAUUUGGAGUGGCAAUGCAGCGGUAGUCAGGCUGCUACUCAAGGCAGGGGCGCGGAAGAGGUUGGAGGACAAGAUCGGGGGAACGCCCUUGUCGUAUGCCUUUUGCUCUGGACGUAAGGAUAUUGCCGACCUGCUACUGAAGGGGAGGAAUCAGGACGACCUAAACGAGGACAUCAAGGCACUGCUCUUCUCAGCUGUGAGGAUGGGCGAUGCAGACGCAGUUGCGCGACUUCUCGAGACGGAUAAAGUCAACGCCAGCGCAAACGACAAUUUCGGCAACACGCCACUCGACUUUGCCGUCGAGGGUGGUAUUGACGCCAUAGUCAAGCUGCUCCUCGACACGGGCAACGUCGAGGUUGGCGCAGAUAUCCUCCCCUUGGCGGCCCGGAAGGGCAAGUCGUCCAUCGUCCAGAUGCUCCUCGAGUCAGGCAAGGUUGACGUCAACGUCAAAGACUCACGGCUCGAUCAAGCGCCGCUGUUGCUGGCCGCCAGAUCGGGCUUCACGUACAUGGUCCAGCUGCUCCUGGACACGGGCAAGGCCGACGUCGACACCAAGGACAGCUGGGGUAGGACACCACUAUUAUGGGCCGCGGCAAACGGCCACGGGGAUAUUGUCGAGAAGCUCCUCAAGACGGGCAAGGCCGAUGUGAACGCGAGGGACAUGGCGGGUCGGACGCCGUUGGCUGUGGCAUGCGAGGUUGGUCACAGCGGCAUUGUCAAGCAGCUCCUCGCAAUAGGCAACGUUUUCCUCGACACCAAGGACCAUGAGCACAGAACGCCGUUGUGGUGGGCCACCCACGAGGGCCACGAAGAGGUCGUCUGGCUGCUUGUGGCCACAGGAAAGGUCGACCUCGGCAUCAAGGACAGGAACGGCAUGACACUGAGGGGGAUGACCAACAGCCCCUGGAUCAGUAACUACAUAGGUUCUUAG